GAAAAGUGGCUGUCUCUUAUAUUAUGGAAUGGAGGGAGUAGCUACGAGCAAGUUUAAAUCGUUGAUACAUUUGGUCAAAAUAUCUCAUAUUUCUCAUCUGCAUUCAGGUGUGGUCACUUCCUAAUUUUGACACGCCACCUCGUCAACCACACGAUAAAUUAGAGGCUUCGAGGAGAGAGAGGAGGAAGAAGAAGAGCAAAACUGAAGCAUUUUCUACAAGAAAUUAAAAGUACAUAAUAAAUAUGGAGGAGAAGAAGAAGGACCUGCUCCGGCGGCUGACCAUCAUCUCGAUCCCGUUCGUGUUCAUCGCCAUCCCGUCGAUCGUGAUCAUCGUCGGGAUGCUGUCGCCGCACGCGGCGGAGCCCCGCGACCAGUCGUCGCCGGCGGCGCCGGGGCGGAACCACUCGGUGUCCAUGCUGAGCACCAUGACCGGCGGCCAGAUGAUCCUCAGCUGCCGCACCGCCUUCUCCGGCAACUGGGAGUACUUCCACUACUUCAUCCUCGACCCCUACAAGCCCCAGCGCGCCUUCUUCCAGCCACCGCCGCCGCCGCCGAACUCCGCCGCCGCCGUGCCGUACGCCAUCCUCUGCAAGUGGGGGUACAUGGGCAACUUCCUCCAGGACGUCGUCGUCUUCAACAGCAGCGCCGCCUACGCGCUGCGGUGCCGCGUCGAGGAAGGCGGGUGCCACUACCUGUUCGAGGACGGGAAGAUGUUCCUCGUCACCGGGCGGCGCGCCACCAGGGCGGCGCCGGCGCGGCGGAGGGAGAAGAGGCUCGUCGGCGACGUGGUGCUCAGGGAGUGCGCCCACGUGCUCGGCGUGUUCCCCACCGUGUGCAGGUACAAGCCCCAUGAACACAACUACGUCGGCAAGAUCAUCGGACGCUGGCGAUGGUGGUUCAACUACUAAUUAACUGUUAUUAUGAUGAUGAUUAUUGAUAGCAUUGUUAAUUAGAUGAUUAAUUACUACUAGAUUAACUAGCUAUUGUUUUACUAGCCUAUUAUAGCCGGUUAAUUUAACUGUUGAUUUUCUGGCAUUUGGCGAUGUGAUCUCUUCAAACAAAAUGUGUGUAUAUACAUAUGGGCUAGCUGGAUUAACAAUGAGUUAGCUGGAUUCGACA